CGUUGUGUUUAGAAUGGGUGAAGAAAGACAGGAGGUCGCUGGAUUGGGUCUGCAUAGAGAAUGUAUUUUUAUAUAGACAGGCCUUCACGGCAGCCUCAGCUCACACAUCAGUAACACUCUUUCGUUCGGGAGAAAGACAGAAAAGGAAAAGAAAUCACAGUAACACCGUACACUUAAACUUAUACAGGGCAGAGCAUUAAACAUGACAGUAUAAACUUAAAACCACAAAAAUAUGGUUCGUCAGUGCAUACCUGCAUAGAGAAUGUAUUUUUAUAUAGACAGGCCUUCACGGCAGCCUCAGCUCACACAUCAGUAACACUGCCAAUAAAAAUAACAAUCCCAAAUAUACCAAUCUGAUCUUACAUCUGUGAAUAUCUAACAAAAUAAAUAAAAAUUAUUUAAACAUUGUGUAUUUCUGUGUGUGCAUUAUUUUUAACCUUUAUUUUUGGAACACAGCAUACCUCUUUCGUUCGGGAGAAAGACAGAAAAGACCACUAAAAGAGCAAUACAGCAGGUAUGCCUACCUGGGCUGAACCAUUUUGUUGUAAAAGGAGGGGGGGCAUCACCUCCUUACAGACCCUUUUUUAAUAUAUUUUUAUAAACACUGCUUUAAACAAUUUUGGAACUGUAUGCAAUGCAUAUUAACAGAAAAAUCUUGUGAAAUAAAACAAUUUUAACCUUGUUACAUGAGCACAAAGUUAACCAUUCAUUUCCUUCACCAUCCAUUAUACAUACUAAAGGUCCCAUUCUUAAAACAGUGUGUGUGUGUGUGUGUGUGUGUGUGUGUGUGUGUGUGUGUGUGUGUGUGUGUGUGUGUGUGUGUGUAAUUACCCUGUAAUUAUGCAGCAGUACAAAAUGAUUGGACAAAAGAACAAAACUAAACAAAUGUAGAUAAGAGAAUGUAAAGAAGAGAAAAAUGGAUGAAUCAGUCUUUUGAAGGCACUGAGACUCAAUGCAGCAUAAGGAGCUUUAACUGAUCACCAACUAAGUGUGAAUUGAACAGCUUCAACAUAUUUAUGACUUUUGGGGCAAAAUAUCUCAUUCAAAAAUAAAAAAAGAACUUAUAAAGCUCUAUGAAUAACUGACUACUGAUUAUUUUAGCCUUUUUCCAUGCUAAUUUGUCUCAACUGGUGCAAUAAUGAAAUUAUGUUUCAUAUGCUAAUUUCUGUUGCAGAAUGUAAAGAGAUGAGUCAUUUCUCAGAAUGCAAAAAUUUAUGGUAAAUUCCAAGGUACUUUCCACUUGCUGUGACUCAGUCUAUUAUUUGAAUCAGUUGAAUUCCUGGUUCUUGAACUUGUGGAGCUAAAUCACAAAUUUGAAGAAUUGUUUUUGUGAUUGAAAUGGCACGAAUUAAAAAAAAAAUUGCCUGCCUUUUUUUUUUUUUACACCAAAACUAUGUGCUACACUUAUCCUUUAAACCCUAAUCCCCUCUCUCUUUUUUAAAGCCACACCCACACACUUUCACACUAUAACACGCGCAAGUGGAAAACGAAACUUAUACUCUCUCUCUCUCCCUCUCUCUCUCUCUCUCUCUCUCUCUCUCUCUCUCUUAGUGUGAAAGCACGAAUAUGGCAGAGGCCAGCAUUUCAGUAGAUCAGGAUCAGUUCAGCUGUCCAGUGUGUCUGGGUCUCCUGAAUGAUCCAGUGAAUACUCCCUGUGGUCACAGUUUCUGUAAGGUGUGUAUUAAUGGCUGCUGGGAUCAAGAGAAUGUAAACGGUGUCUACAGCUGUCCUCAGUGUAAAGAGACUUUCACUCCAAGGCCUGUUCUAUGCAGGAACAACAUGCUGGCUGAAGUGGUGGACAAAGUGAAGAAGACUGAACUCCAAGCUGCUUCUGCUGCUCACUGUUACACUGGAUCUGGAGAUGUGGAGUGUGAUUUCUGCACAGGGAGAAAACACAAAGCUGUCAUGUCCUGUCUGGUUUGUAUGGCCUCCUUUUGUGAAGAUCAUCUUAAACCUCACUAUCAGUCUCCUGCCUUUAAGAAGCAUCAGUUAAUUGAAGCCUGUGCAGAGCUCCAAGAGAAGAUCUGCACUGAACAUGACAAACUGAUGGAGAUCUACUGUCGUGCUGACCAAAGCUUCAUCUGUUACUUGUGUACAAUAGACAAACACAAAGGCCAUGAUACAGUUUCAGCUAAAGCAGAAAGAAUAGAAAAACAGAAUGAAUUAAAGGAGGAGCAGAUUAAAUGCCAGCAGAGGAUCCAGGAGACACAGAAGAAAGAGCAGGAGCUGAAACAGACUGUGGAGUCUGCUAUGAAGUGUUAUAAGGCAGCAGUAGAUGACAGUGAGAGGAUCUUUAAUGAGCUGAUCAGCUACAUGAGGAAAAAAUGCUCUGAGGUGAAGGAGCUGUUCAGAGCUCAGAAGGAAGCUGAAGUGAGUCGAGUUGAACAACUCCGUAAUCAGCUGCUGCAGGAGAUUGCUGAUCUUGAGAGGAGAGACACUGAGCUGGAGCAGCUUUUACACACUCAUGAUCACAUCCACUUUCUCCAGAGUUUCCCGUCUCUCUGUGUUUCUCCUGGAUGUGACGACUCACCCAGCUUCACUGUCAAUCAACAUCUCUCAUUUGAUGGAAGGAGGAAAUCUCUCUCAGAUCUGAAAAAACGAGUCAAACAAAUCUGUGAGGAGGAAUUCAAGAAAAUCAGACCAGAAGCUCCAGUAUUUCAGAUGAAUUUACCCUCAAAACCAAAGAGCAGAGAAGAUUUUCUGCAAUAUUUCUGUUAUCUGACUUUGGAUCCAAACACAGCACAUCGUCAACUCAUCCUGUCUGAGACGAAAAGAGAGGUGACGCACAAAAGGAGAGAACGGUCAUACACUGAACAUCCAGAGAGAUUUGACUCCUGGCCUCAGGUGUUGUGUAAGGAGAGUUUGUGUGGACGCAGUUACUGGGAGGUGGAGUGGAGUGGUAUGGGUGUGGACAUAUCGGUUUCAUUUAAUAAUAUCAAGAGGAAAGGACGGCUGAAUAGCUGUUUGUUUGGACGCAACAGACAGUCCUGGAGCCUGCAGUGUUUUACUUUCUCUCACUGUUUCUGGCACAACAGAAACAAGACUGAGGUCCAAGGUCCAUCAUCCUCCAGAAUAGGAGUGUACGUGGAUCACAGUGCAGGAACUCUGUCCUUCUACAGUGUCUCUGACACCAUGAGGCUCCUCCACAGUGUACACAUCCCAUCCAAUAAGCCUCUAUAUGCUGGAUUCCGUGUAUGCUAUUUGUACUCAACUUUGAAGUUAUGUGAUAAAGUUUAAUUGUUACUAAAAUUUCUUAGUCAAAUUAAAACCGACGUUUCAGAUUUUCUCAAGAUUAAUAAUUUGCCUAAAAAAACAAAGCAGGAUUUUUGUAGAAAAAAAGUUUUUUUAAAAAAUCACAAAAUAUUCAAGAAAACUGUUUCUUCAGAAAUAACAAAGUCCAACUAAUCUGCUUUUUCUUUCAAUUCUGCUGCUGAUGGAAAAACACCACAUUGUGUGCAAAAAAGCAUUUUUAUUUAAUAUGUUUUACCUUGCAUGAUAAUUCCUUGGCUAUGCUUCAUUGCCUUUAUAAUUAUUUACUACAAAAUAUUUUCUAGAUUAAUCUGAUGACAAUAAGUCUGCAGCUCUAUAAUCCUGGGUGAUUAGGACUUUUCUGCUUUUGCUCUUGCCUUGACUUGUUACUGUUGUUUACUGAUCGACUGACUGAGUUUUUCUCUGUUUCUCUAAUGAUGCCAUUGUUUUUAUUAAACUUUCCAACCUGCA